CUCAAAAUUCAACCCGUCUUCUCGUGCCCUAUCCCAUCCGACUUCCACCUACGUUUCACACCUAUCCCCAAUCGGUCAGAAGGAUGACAAGCACCGCCCACGCCCCAAAAGCCGCCGAAGCGCCAUCAUCGCAACCCCCGAAAACGAGAACAAAACCCCACGCAAAGCAAAAAGACCGCCGAGUAAAACUCUUCGUCCAUCCACCCAGCAUCCCCACCCGGUUCCAGACGUUCGUCUACGACGACGGGGAAGCGAAAGCGUUUGGGUCCUCGGCUUCGAGGUUUGAUACCAAGUUGCAUGAUUUACCAGGGCCGGGGUAUUACCGCAUCAAACUGCCUGAUGAGCUGUAUGAGGGACUGUCGGAGUCAAAGAAUGGGGCUGCAGGGUUUGCGUCAAAGUCAAAACGUUUUCAAGCCCGCCUCACCCCCGCCCCCACCCCCGCAACCUACCACCCAUCCUCCCCCCGCUACUCCCACUCCCUCACCACAUCCCCCUCCCCCUCCUUCGCCACCCCCUACGUUGCCCCUUCCCCUUCCUCACCCGCCCCAGGCGUCCCAACCUGGCGCUCCCGCUUCACCCAUCCCACCCCGGGCCCAGGCUUCUACUCUCCGCACCUCUCCCAACCCGGCCGCGGGGUCCGCGUCUGGCUCGCGGAAAGCGAGGGCGCGUGGGGCGUGUUUAGAAGUAAGACUGGCCGCGCGCCGGUGGAGGCGCCGGGGGCGUGUGGGGGGCAUGUCGCGCCGGGGGGGUAUGAGAUAAGCGAGGAGGUGGGGAGGAAGACGACGAAGGGGGCGGUGGCGGCGUUCAGGAGUGUGCCGAGGAAGAUGGUUUUCACGAGCCCACCACGCAACCCAGCGCCAAACCAAUACGAUCCGCAAAAAGCUGAAAGGUUACGCGACAUUCCACAUGGCAACCCAACCCGCCCACCCCCCUCCCAACCCCUCCACCACGUACCUCCCCCCCCGCCCCACAACCCCUGCGCCCACGACGCCCCGCUCCCCGCUCCCAUCGCGGGUUACGAGCCUUUCCCGCAACAUAACCCCGGUCCAGGGUCCUACGAGCUCACCGCCGCGUCGGAGAAGGUUGCGCGUGGGGGUGGCCGGGGCGUGAGGGCGGUGUUUGUCAGUGGGGUUAAGAGGUUUGGUGGGACAUCGGCGGGUGAAGGGGAUGGAACGCUUGGGCCGGGGUUUUAUAGGGGGGCGACGGAGGUGGGGGCGAGGAGCUUUAGGUUGAAUUUGGAGGGGACGUGGGCGUGAGGACGAUCGAUGUUAUGUGAGACAUAGAAUGUUCGUUCACAGCUGGUCCCAAUAUGGAAAUACGAUCAACAUAAACACUCGGCCCCAGCAAAUUCCAAACGGAGAAAAGAGAGAAUCAU